GAAACCCCCGACGACCAAAGUCCGAGAGAGUUUGCAGAGGAAACGAGAACGAGACCCUAGGAAAGCUGUUCAUUGACGCUUAGAGCGGAGUCCUAGUACGGAGUCCGUGCGCCGCUGACGGCAAAGAGCGCCAAGUGAGCGCCAACUCGCCGCCAAGUCAUGGCAGUGCGCCACGCCCUCCCUUCUCACUUACCACCCACCUACACCUCAUCCGCCAACGACACCCCCUGCUACACCCCUUCACCACCACCACCACCACCACCAACCUCCGAAGAACAACGACCACCACCACGCUAUCGCACCCUCUAUCCUUCAGCUCUCAACACCGCCUACGACCCCGACGAGCCGAUUUUGAGGAGAGAGGAUUGGAUAGGCGAGACGGUGGCCUAUGUAGGCGCGCAGCUGGAGACGGACGAACUGGAGAUUGUGUUCAAUCAUUUGGCCGGGAAUAAGUGUGUGCGGUUUUUGUAUUUGGGAGGGAAUAAUGGCUUUUUGACGGAUAAUGUCAUUCCGUACCUGGUCCGUGCCCUGCGCCUGAACACCACGCUCACCUCCCUCCGUCUCGACCGAUGCAGUCUCGGGGCGCCCACGGCCGGAAUGCUGGGGGUCGCACUCCGCUCCAACCACACACUCACAUCCAUCAACCUCCGCGACAACGCCAUCUCCGCGGAGGGGAUCCAGUUAUUCUUCCAAUCCCUGGGCUCGACACCGUCGUCCCUUACGGAAUUGGACCUGAGCGCGAAUACGUUGACGGAUGAAGGGGCGAUGUUGAUCGCGGUGCAGGCGCCGGUCCUAUUGCCCAGGUUGGAAUCGCUUACGUUGGAUUUCAACACGCUGACGGACGCAUGUAUUCCACACCUCGCCCGGUUGCUCUCCACGACGCACACAACGAUCUCGCAGCUCUCACUCUCUGAGAACCGUGUAUCAGCUCACGGGGCAGACCUUCUCAACACGGCGAUCCGGGAGAGCAAAGGACGGGUGACACGGGUGGCGCUCUUUGUCAAUGGGAUCAGGACGCGGACGAGUGCGUUGAGCUGUUGGCCGAGGAUCGUGUGGAAGGAGAAGCAUCGGGGGGGUGGUGGGUGGAAAGCGGUGGGGAAGCCGGCGUAUGUGAGGAAGACGUAGGGGAUGGGUAUGAGGAGGGCCUAAUUUUUUCC